AUGGGCCCUGAAUUGGCUCUGAUGGUGCCUUCGGCACAGACGGUGGCUGUUUCCGCUUACAUUGAUUUUAUUCCCGGUAUACAGUACUCUAAACCUCUUGGUGCUUCGCGGUUUCUUAAGGCGGUGAAAUGCUUAGAUACAGAAGGUGCUGUGGUCGUUAAAUUGCUGAUUAAACCGGACUCACACCUCAAUUUGACACAUUUGCUCAAGCAGAUGGAGGAUCUAAGAGAGAAGCUUGUUGGAGUCCCCAAUGUGCUACCAUUCCAUUCCAUUAUUGACUCUCAAAGAGCAUGCUACUUUAUGAGACCUUACAUAAGAUUUAACCUAUAUGAUCGAUUAUCGAUCAGACCCUUCUUGGAAGGUAUCGAGAAGAAGUGGAUAAUCUACCAAUUGAUAUCUGCUAUAGCCAGAAUUCAUGCUAAAGGAAUCACGCAUGGCGAUAUAAAGACCGAAAAUAUCCUCAUGACUUCUUGGAACUGGUGCCUUAUAAGCGAUUUCGCCACGUUCAAACCUGUCUACCUACCGGAGGCCAAUCCUUCACAAUUUUCUUUCUACUUUGAUACUUCUCAAAGACAUGUUUGCUAUGUUGCUCCAGAGAGAUUUGUCAAUUCUACUGAUGAGGGGGUCAGCAAUAUGAACGAAGGAUCAAGUGUGACAGAAGAAAUGGAUAUCUUUGCGCUCGGUUGUACAAUAGCUGAGAUAUACACAGAAGGUUUACCUAUUUUCACGCUACCACAGAUGUUCAAGUAUAAGAAAGGUGAGUAUUUGCCCAAUUUGGAUGGUGUCGGGGAUCCUGGCAUUAAGAAAAUGGUUCUUAGUAUGAUCAGCAUUAAUCCAGCUAAUCGCCUGAAAGCCGAAAAGUAUCUUGCCAAGUAUAGGAAGAUUGCAUUCCCCGAUCAUUUCUACACUUUUUUGCAUCCUUACCUGAGGAAGCUCAGUGUUGCCGGGAGUGGAAACGAGAAAAAUAACAAUUCAAUGCAGCAAUGUGACUACAGAAUCAAUCAGAUAUACCAAGACUUCGAUAAGAUUGCUCUCUAUCUAGGGUUCAAAAAGUAUAUAUCGGAAGAGCCUACCGAAGAGACUACUUUUAGCAUAGGUGAAUCUGCUAUUCCUCUCCGACUCAGCCUUCCGGGAAUGCAUCAACAUAUACCGAGAAGAACAUCCGAAGUGUUCAAAAGGGAUUCGAUUCCCGAUUGCUCUACACUCAUACUACUAUCUGUUGUCUUAUAUAAUGUGAGAAAUACCACGCAUGCCGCUUUCAGAAUAAAGGCUUGCGAUCUUAUGAUUGCCUUGACCGAACAGCUUCACGACGCAGCCAAGCUUGAUAGAUGUCUUCCCUAUUUGGUUUAUAUGUUAGAUGACCCCAGCGAAGACGUUCAAGCGGCGGCUUUACGGUCAAUGACGCAACUUCUUUUCAUGGUGGAUUCAAUCACUCCUGUGAAUGUAUCGCUUUUCCCAGAAUAUCUUAUCCCAAAGCUUCGCAAUUUCCUUAUGCGUUCAUAUUUGAACCCGGAAGGUAUAGAAGGCUCAAAGCCAUCAGACGACAAUGGUAUAACCGAAGAUAAUGGCAACAACUACUCCAACACUAGGGAACCAACCCGCACAUCUUAUAUAAGGACAGCAUUUGCCGCCUGCUUGCCACAUCUAGCACUAGCGGCCCAGAAGUUCUACGAUAUGUCCAACUUGCUCACCACCCAGAUGAAGCUGUUCAAUGAUCCCGAGACUGAAAAUAAUCUAAAUAUGGGGAACGGAUCACUGAUUGAUGCCAACUACCAAAAGAUAGUAGAUGGGUUUGAAUUCCUAACCAUUCGUAUUAUGACUGAUUCAGAUCCUUACGUUAGAAUUGGGUUAUUGAACAACAUUCUUCCUCUUUGCACCUUCUUUGGCAAGGAAAAGACCAACGAUGUUAUUUUGAGCCAUCUUAUCACUUACUUGAACUACAAGGACCCCCAAUUAAAAAUUGCAUUUGUGUCCAGUAUCGUCACUGUUUCAAUUUUUGUGGGAGUUGUUAGCCUUGAGCAGUACAUUCUUCCGCUUCUAGUGCAGGCACUACCGGAUCCUUCUGAACUAGUUGUUCUUGAAUUACUGAAAGUAUUUGCCGAGCUCGUUAAGUUGGGAUUUAUUAGAAAGCAAUAUUUAUGGGAUUUGGUUAAACUAAAUAUGAGGCUUAUCUUACAUCCAAAUCAAAUGAUUCGAGAUGCUGUUUUAAAUCUUAUUAUUGCUGUUGGUGACACGCUUCCAGUUGCAGAUUUAUACUGCAUGCUGUAUCCGUUGAUCAGACCUUAUUUCAGACACGAAGUUACAAGCUUUACUUGGGAGAGCCUUUUCAUGUGCGCCCAUAGUCCUAUACCAAGGUCUGUUUACAGCAUUGCCAAAAGUUGGUCGUUGACUCAUGAACCGACGCUUUUCUGGCAAAAAGCUAGUCGUGCCGGUGGAAACAAUACCGACAGCUCCAAUAAAAUUGACUCCUUCGGAAACAAACAGGUUUCCUUUAUGAAAAAGAGUGGGUCUCGAAAACGUCCACAGAUAUUUAGAUCGAGCAGUUCGGGGAGCAAUGGCAGCAAUACUGAUAACAAUGUAGUAGAAAACUAUGAGAUUCCACUUAGUGUGGAGGACUCUAAACAAGUGGAAAGGUUCAAGAACAUUGGAUUUCCCGAAUCUGAACUUUGGAAGCUCGCCACAUUGAGAUCGUACAUUUAUAGGGUGGCACAUGUUGGCUCCGGAAAUGCCAAGAAUGAAAACAGGGAUAUCAAUUAUACCCGGGUGAAUAUAUCGCCACGCAGUGUGUUUGUUGAUGUAAAUCAACAGAGAGAAGUUCCUAAGCAGCAAACGAAGAGAAGUGAUGAUGACUAUAGGAAAGGUCGGAAAGCGAUGCUUUCAAAAAUCGAUGCUUCUAAUAGCAAGAGUACUCCUUGGGACAAGUCUGCUCUAUUUUUUGAUGCUGUGACAUCUUUGCCAUCAAUUGGGCGAUCCCCUGAAAAUGCCAUUGGUGAUGCACCAAGCCUUCAUGGUAAAACCAGUUCACUUUCUAUUAUGGGACAUGGAAAUUACAUCCUUUCGGACAGAAGCGAAUUCAACGUUCAAAAUGAAACGCUCAAUUUACAAAAGCUAAUUACUAAGAUAAGGCACAGUUACAGCGGCAACAAUACGUACAUUCUCAAGUUUUUACGAAGUCUCUCUUUUGAGCCUACUUUAAAUGACUAUACAGAGUUUGGGUCAUUGAUAGAAACUGGGGAGGCCUUAUCAACGGAAGAAAAUGGUGAAAGCAGCGGUGAAAGCGUACUCAUUUCUCGCUUAUUAGAGCAUAAAUCGUCAAUCAACUGUGUCAGAUCAUCUCCAGAUUACUCAUUUUUUGUCACUGGAGAUGAGCAGGGACUAUUAAAGUUAUGGGAUACGGCACGAUUAGAAACAAACGUAACGGGACGAUCAUUCUGCUCUUUGAAUUUGGGAUCCGCUAUCAAAUCCAUCGAUUUUAUGGCUAAUAGAUGCUGCCUUUCAGUUUCCACAGGCGACGGUUUUAUCAAGAUUUUCCGAGUUGACAUGAACCUCAUUUCGGGCAGUCAUCGAAAGACCGCCACUAUAGUCCUCAUUCGAGAAUAUAAAGUACCAACAGAAGACUUAUACGCUAUGGGAAUACAAUUUUCCGUAACUAAUGAGAAACCAUACCUUGCAUAUUAUACUCCCACAUGCAAAGUAGUCAUCUUAGACUUGCGGACACUGAGUAUAGUGACGUGCAUCCAGAACGAUAUAUCUCACGGACUUCCUACCGCAUUUGCAAUUGGUGCGAAUAGUUCGUGGAUUUUGAUAGGAACUUCUAAGGGUAUUUUAGAUUUAUGGGAUACUUUUUUUGAACUUCAGGUGAAAUCCACGAUAGUGAAACCCCCAGUUUUUCCAUUCAAGCAGAUCAAACUUCUUCCAAAUAGCUUUCAACUUGAUAAGGCAAGAAAUAGGUAUGUGGUGACGAUUGGAGAAACAGGAGAUUCUGAUGUCAUCAUCUGGGAUGUUUCAAAACUUCAGCCAAGGCUAGUUUUAUGCUCGUCAUCUGAGGGCUCUACGAUCGAUCGUUACAGCGUUAGGGAACUAAAGGAUGAUGUAGACAGUGUCAAUAAUGAGAUCUCAGAGCUUCCAAUAUCAAUCAAGAGCAUUGAGAACGACAAGAGCUGUACGGCCUUGUCUGUGAUCUCCUCUCCAGUGGAGAACAGCGAGUUGUACAUUGUUUCUGUAACCUGUGCUGGAAAAGUGACACUCUGGAAUCUAUUGAGCCCCACUCAAUCACGUGUUAUAGUAGAGGCAAAGUCGUCUACAGACACUACUAAAACAAAUUGCUUACCGAAAUUCUCCGAGACUCAGGUCAACUCGAACUUAACGUUUAUCAACGAGAUUUAUGCGAGUACUACUGGUAAUACAAAUCAAAAGAGCAAGUCGGGGUCAACACAAAAUUCUACGAAGCUGGAUGCUCUCAAGCGCCACCAGGAUAGAGUGAACGACGUGGCAAUGAUAUUUAAACCAUAUCCCAUGGUGAUUAGUGUUGAUAGGAGCGGAGUUAUCAACGUGUAUAAAUAA